CUUCAGUCAGUCGAACUACGGAUGCGCGACGAGUUGUGUGCGAGAAUCCACGGUGUGCUCGGUGCGAUAUGUUGUGUAUCACCGUUAACACGGUGCUUUCUACGUAAAUCUCUAUUCAACAUUCCGUUGGACGUGUGAAUCGCUCGUGGUGAAGUGACGUUUCCCCUCGCCGUGUAACCUGAACCUACGUAAAACAACGAGAGUUAAUUAUCCAUUACGCUCCUAUCAGCGAGUGUCUUCACGAUUACGCUAGCAUCCGGAAAUGGACCAAAUUUACGUCGACGAGGAAACUGGAGAGAGUAUUAGCCUGCCAGUGACGGAUUACGAGAUUCGACGGCACGUGGUCGCGGUGAAUAAUGCUGAAACAGGGGAGCCAGAGAUCAAUGUGGCAGGAACGAAGACGCUCAAGAACCGAAGGAUGCGUUUCCAGAUUCCGAAAGAAGUGAAGGAAACUCUGUCAGUUAAGGAUGGUUCGAUAAAGAAGAGCGACAAUUUGAUGGAGUUGGAACCCGUGCCGGUCGGUACGUGCUUCGGACAGAUACAUCCAAUAUGCCUGUUCUUUCUGGCGAUCGUGUGCUUUCGCUGGUUCUUACCGGUGUUGACGUUCCUGGAAGUGGCGUUGCACAUUUGGGCCCAUCAUAAGAAUAAAUCGUUAAAGAACGCGAGCGUUUACUUCCGUUCGCCGUUUCACGCGAUCUCGUCCGAGUACUGUGCGAUCUGUCAAAACCAGACGUGCAUGGACCGUGUCGGGAAGAUGCAGCAGAUACGCAUGCACAAGUUCCUGCGGCAGUGCAACUACAUGAAACGUAUUGUAACGUGAGAGUAUGGCAAUUGUCACAGAAGCACCGCGAACAUCGAUUACAAUUCGGUUUCUUCCCUCAUGUGAUCACGAAGGACGCCGAGCCGGUUCACGAGCGGUGGCAAGCAGUGUUCAACAUCGCCUCGAUAGCAACACGUAUUAAACAUAGUUAGUAUUAAGAGAGCAACGAAGUUGUCCGAUGGUCAUUUCGAUCGAUGUAAAUUUGUAACGAAGUUCAUUAACGCGAGUGGAAGAAAUAGAAGGUAGUAAUUGGUGUGGGGAAGAGAACUUUACAUAUUGGGGGAUUUGUCUAUUAACUAACAAUAAGGAUAUAGCAAUGUAAGGUCAUUCCGAGUACCCGAUGAAUAAACACAAAAUUUCGUUGACACGUUAAAUCCACAGAAAAUAACGAUGAAAUAGAGUUAUUAGUUUUGUUUCCGAGACAGGUGGGACAGUGUUUAUAUUAAAGUUUAUUCGAAAAAUGUAAAAAAAUAAGUUAUUCUAUUAAGGCACAUUUUAAGUAAAUAUUUUUCAUUAUUACGACUUAUACCGACUUUGUCACUCGUUAUUCAAGCAAUAAAGUGUUAUACAAUCUUUAAUAAUCGAA